AUGAGGAGUCUGAAACCAUGGGCCCGGUAUCUGCUCCUGGUUACAGCCCACCUGCUGGCCAUGGGCCUUGGGGCUGUGGUGCUUCAGGCCCUGGAGGGCCCUCCAGCUCUCCACCUCCAGGCCCAGCUCCAGGAUGCGCUGGCUACCUUCCAGGCCGAGCACAGGGCCUGCUUGCCACCUGAGGCACUGGAGGAGCUGCUAGGUGCGGUCCUGAGGGCGCAGGCCCACGGAGUUUCCAGCCUGGGCAACGACUCAGAGACAAGCAACUGGGAUCUGCCCUCAGCUCUGCUGUUCACUGCCAGCAUCCUCACCACCACCGGUUACGGCCGCAUGGCCCCACUCUCCUCAGGUGGAAAGGCCUUCUGUGUGGUCUAUGCGGCCCUUGGGCUGCCCGCCUCUCUAGCGCUUGUGGCUGCCCUGCGCCACUGCCUGCUGCCUGUGUUCAGCUCCCCAGGUGCCUGGGUAGCUGUUCGCUGGCAGCUGGCACCAGCCCAGGCUGCCCUGCUACGGGCAGCAGGACUGGGCCUCCUGGUGGCCUGUGUCUUCGUGCUGCUGCCAGCACUGGUGCUGUGGGGUAUACAGGGUGACUGCAGCCUGCUAGAAGCCGUCUACUUCUGCUUUGGCUCACUCAGCACCAUCGGCCUAGGAGACUUGCUGCCUGCCCACGGACGUGGCCUGCAUCCAGCCCUUUAUCACCUUGGGCAGUUUGCACUUCUUGGUUACUUGCUCCUGGGGCUCCUGGCCAUGCUGUUAGCAGUAGAGACCUUCUCAGAGCUGCCACAGGUCCAGGCCAUGGUGAAAUUCUUUGGGCCCAGUGGCUCUACAACCGAUGAAGACCAAGAUGGCAUCCUAGGCCAAGAUGAGCUGGCUCUAAGCACCAUGCCUCCUGACACCCCAGUUUUGGAAGGAACCAUUUCAGCAUCAGCAUCAGAACAGACCCCAGCUUGCUGAUCCAAAUCAGGUGACAGGAAUUCAGCUCAGUGGCGUUGGGGGGCCUUGAGCAAGAGGCCCCAAGGAGUGAAGAACACAGGAGGAAGGGGUUAUGGGAAUGACGAUGUCACGGGAUAAUGUUAAUUAUAAAGAUUAA